CACAACAGUCUAUUCAGUCAACUUCUCAAAGACCAGUGAAGUGGUUAACCGCUGCUGAUCCUGCAUUCCAUCACUUUAGCGAGCGGCAUUAUGCGAUCUAACAAUAUUAUCAUUAUUAUUUCAAUAUUGUGUGUUGUUGAGUGUCAGUGGACGUUGAAGCCAGAGGUUCCUAAUCAUACCGUGUAUAUUUGGACAUCUAAGGAACUGCAGCAAGUAAACAUUUCCAGGAUGACAGGCUUGGACAUUGAAAAUGACAUGAUAAUGGAAAUGGCAUGCAUAAUUACAGACUCCAACUUGAACAUUUUGGCUGAAGGGCCCAAUUUGAUUAUAGCCCAGUCCAAUGAAAUACUGGAGUCCAUGUCAAAGUGGUGCACAGAGCAUCAUGGCAAGUCAGGAUUGACCGAAGCAGUACGGCAGAGUAAAAUCACACUGGAACAAGCAGAGUAUGAAUUUCUUUCCUUUGUCAGACAACACACUCCACCUGGACAAUGUCCCCUAGCGGGAAAUUCUGUGCAUGCAGACAAAAGAUUCCUGGACAAAUAUAUGCCACAGUUCAUGAAUCACCUCCACUACAGAAUAAUUGAUGUCAGUACAAUUAAGGAGCUUUGCAGGAGGUGGUUUCCGGUGGAAUAUGAGAUGGUGCCAUGCAAGAAAGCAAGCCACAGAGCUUUGGAGGAUAUCCGGGAGAGCAUAAAAGAGCUGCAGUACUACAGAGCCAGCAUCUUCAAAGCAACUUGAGAAAUUGAACAAGAUUGUUAAAAAAAAACCAGCAGUAAUAAUAAUUUGUCAAUUUUCAAAAUGAAGGUGCCUUCUGUUAUCAGCCAAAUCUGUGAGGAAUUAUUAAAAAUGAAAAUUAUGUAUAGUUUUGAUAUGACAAUUUCUGUCUUCAAAAGGUGAGUGCCUCACCAAAAUAGUUGAAAAUAAAAUAACCUAAAUUCAG